AUGACGCUGAGCGCCAAAGGAGUCAUCGGGAGCCACAGGGAGACUUCACAGCAGCGCAGUAUCCAUUGGCAAGCAAACGCAGAGCAACAACGACAAAGGCGACAGAACGAAAACGAGGAGCAACGUUCGGUCAGACGCUCAGCUAAUGCAACACUUCAGGAAAAUAGACGCCAAAGCGAAGACGUUGAACAGCGUUUUGCUCGGCAGAUGGCAAAUGCAGACCGCCAGCAAAGGAGACGCCAAAAUGAGAACGAUGAACAGCGGUCUGCAAGACUACUGGGAACUCACAACGCCAGCAAAGGAGACUCCAAAACGAGAACGAUGAGCAACGGUCUGCAAGACUACUGUCAAAUGCUCAACGUGAACAAAGGCGGCGUGAAAAUGAGAGUUCUGAGCAACGUUCAACAAGACGCCCUGCAAACUCUGAGCGCCAACGAAUGCAACGACAGAAUGAACCAGAUGAACAGCGCGCUGAACGCUUACGCAACGACUCCGAAAGACAUAUUCGGCGUAAUGCCGCGCCUGAAAUGA